AUGCUCUCCGCCUUUACAGCCCGUCCUAUAAUCGAGCUCAAACAACAAACGAGAGCAAAAAUUGAGACAAUUCUUGCCCAUGGUGACCGCGUUCUCGUCGGCCUUAACAAUGGCGCCCUCCGGAUCUACCGUUUAAACGGCCUCGCCGACCCAUCACAGAAUGGUUCUGUUGAUGUAGAUGCUAAUGGCGCAACGUCCCCGAAUGGCCAUACCGAUACUCCAGCCAAAUCGACGAGUCCAACAGAUUUGAUGCGAGAGGUUGAGCGCUUCUCAACACGAGCCAUCGAGCAGCUUGCCAUUAUCAAAGACGCAAAUACGAUUGUUUCUUUAUCGAACUACCAUGUUUCAUUCCACGAUUUAAAAACAUACGAACUUAUCGAGACUCUGCCCCGAACCAAGAACGCAACCUGCUUUGCGUCAACCUCAAAUAUUGUCAAGGAUCCAGAUACUGGUAUCCCCGAGAUUGUAAGCCGGCUGGCCGUUGCAGUCAAGAGGAAACUCUUGCUCUGGAGCUGGCUUGAGAGCGAACUUUCCGAUGAUGUAGACGAAAUUGUUUUAGCCGAGUCGAUCCGAUCAGUAACAUGGGCGAGCGCAACAAAGCUGGUGUGUGGCUUGAACGGCGGAUACGUCAUGGUCAACGUGGUCACACGCGAAGUUGAAGAUGUUGUAAGCCCUGGCUCGGGGCCAGCAGCCGGACAGAACAGUCGCUUUGGUGCGAUGAGCAGUGCCGGUAUGGGAUAUAUGGGUUUGGGAGGCUAUAUGCCCAAACCUUUGGCUACUAAGCUGGCGGAAGGCGAAAUACUGCUUGUGAAGGAUAUCAACACGCUAUUUAUCGACGACGAUGGAAAGUCUCUCGACAGACGGCAAAUCCCUUGGCAGCAUGCCCCUGAAUCCAUAGGAUAUUCGUAUCCUUACAUUCUCGCUCUACAAGCACCUUCGAAAGGUUCGCUCGAAGUUCGAAAUCCUUCGACUCUCUCGUCACUUCAAAACUUGUCACUACCUGGUGCGGCCCAGCUUCACUUUCCGCCACCAUCCUACAGCUUAGCACAUGCCGGCAAAGGUUUCCAUAUCUCAAGUGAACGAUGUGUUUGGAAGAUGGAAGCAACAGAUUAUGACUCUCAAAUCCAAGAGCUUGUGGAUGGUGGUCAUUUAGACGAGGCAAUCAGUAUCUUGGAGAUGCUAGAGGAUGCUUUGUUAAGAAACAAGACACAGACAUUACGCGAAGUCAAAAUGUUGAAGGCCGAAGGGUUGUUCAAGAAGAAGAAAUACCGCCAGGCUAUGGAUCUCUUCAAUGAAGAUGAUGUACAUGCACCCCCAGAGCGAGUACUCAAGAUGUUUCCCCCCUCUAUCGCUGGAGAGCUAUCUGCAUGGGCAGGCCGCGAGGAUGAAGAGAGUCAGGAGUCGGACGAGGCCCCCGCAACACCAAAGAAGACCAACGGCACACGUACUAGUACCCCUGAACCUCUCUCGCCAACAUAUGAAACUCCUCCAUCGAGCAAAGGAGGGUUUGCCAGAUAUCUCACGGGCAGUUAUAGGAGACCCCAGGCAGACACCGCGUCCAUUUUCUCAAAGAAGGAUGCGACUGACGGCGAUGAUGUCGCUAGCGUGAAGGAGACUGACUCGGGUGACGAUCAGCCUUUGAAAGACAAGGACUUGACCAAUGCAGUUCUGGAAUUGAACAGUUAUCUUGCUGGAACCCGUGCUCGGCUACAGCGUGUCCUUGACCCGGUCACUGGAAACUUGAAGCCUCGAAGCGAGCGAAAUGGCUCGACGGAAGAGAUAGCAGAGACCUUCCUACGAAUAGGACUCGAUGAAUCGGAAGAACAACUGCAAGAAGAGCUGCGAAACACGUUUCGUCUUGUCGAUACAACAUUGUUUCGAGCUUACAUGUUCUCUCGGCCAACAUUGGCAAGCUCUUUGUUCCGAAUUCCUAAUUUCUGCGACCCUAAUGUGGUUAAUGAAAAGCUUUUGGAACAUAAUCGCUACAAUGAGCUGGUCGAUUUCUUCUACGGCAAGAAGCUACAUAAGGAAGCUUUGGAGCUGCUGCGGCGCUUCGGUGCUGCUGAAAAGCCAGAUGAUGCCGCACCAGCACUUCAUGGCCCUGAGCGUACCAUUGAGUAUCUCAAAAAUCUUCCGCCAUCAGAGAUCGAUCUCAUUCUCGAGCAUGCAGAAUGGACUCUUAAGGCUCGUCCUGAUGCCGCACUAGAGAUUUUUAUAGGGGAUACCGAGAACGCCGAAACUUUGCCACGGGAAAAAGUUGUGUCCUUCUUACACGAUAUUGAUACCCAGUUGGAAGGCCGGUAUUUGGAACACAUCAUCAACGAACUUGAAGAUAUGACGCCGGAUCUCCAUAACCGACUGGUUGAGCUCUUUGUAGAGAACUUGACCAAGAUGGAGCAAAGUGACGAAUGGAACGAGAUGAUGAAUCGCUUUGUUGAGUUCCUGAGACACGAAUUCUUGAGAGAACCAGUGCAGGUUUACAGCCUCAGCAAAGCAUUCCAACUGAUUCCUCGUGACGAUCCUGCUUUCUACGAAGCACAGGCUGUGGUUUUGAGUAAGAUGGGCCAGCACAAACAGGCACUUGAGAUUUACGUGUUCAAGAUGAAGGACUACCAGAAAGCUGAACAGUACGUAUUUGCCGAUGUUCCGAACACAAAGAACGAUGCUGGAGAUGAUCCUGAGAAGGCUACGCCAUCUAUUUAUCAUACUCUGUUAUCGCUCUACCUUCAGCCUUCAUCACCCAACCAACCUAACCUGGAACCAGCACUUGAUCUGCUAUCCAAGCAUGGAUCACGUCUCCCAGCAACCUCAACCUUAGGUCUGAUUCCAGAUGAUCUUCCUGUUCGGUCACUGGAAUCUUAUUUCCGAGGGCGCAUUCGUUCAGCUAAUAGCUUGGUAAAUGAGUCGAGGAUUGUUGCUGGUCUUCGACAAGCCGAUGGUGUCUCUAUCGCAGCGCGACUGCACCUUGGGGACCAUGUACAAGGCGGGCAAGGUGGGCGAAAUCGCCAUGUCGCUAUCACAGACGAACGACAUUGCGUUGUAUGCCACAAGAAACUCGGAGGAGGUAUGCGUAUUGGUGGAAGCGUUGUGGCUGUACUACCGGAUAAUACGGUGGUGCACUAUGGCUGUUUGAACCGGGCAACUGGGAACAAGGUGGACGCAGCUCGGGCGCCAAGUUGGGGUCGGGGAUUUUAG